AGCACGUCGUGAGAGAACAGUGGCAUUAUUCUGUAAGCAACAUUAUAAAAGUAACAACUCCCCAUCCAACAUAGUGUUAUGUACAAGCGACGUCAUGAAUGGAUAGUGACAUUAUUCUAGUAGCAACGCUGUAUUAAAAGCGACGUUUUCGUUAAAAGUGACUAGUGUUAAAAACUUUAACAUGAAUGGAUAAUGACAGUAUUCUUUUAGCAACACUGUAUUAAAAGCGACGUUUUUGUUAUUAUAUCUUUUAAAAAGUGACAAAAGACACGGCAUAAAACGGUCUCAUAUACCGCGGUACAGCUGCUAUCGAUUUCAUCAUAAUCCGCGAGUCCUCAACAUAGACGUUAUAGUAUGUAGUCUACUAUAGGAUGAAUGGUCUACAAAUAUACAUUGAAUCUGUACCGUGUAUAAGAAGUUGUCAACCGGUGGAUAUCAAGAUUAUAUUGCAUAGUAUUAAGUGUAACAGAUUGUAAGCCGGUUGGCGAAAAUUAUCUACAGAGUUUUUGUUUUAAAAAAAGUUAACGACGUAUAGUUGUCCAAUUGGUGGAUAUCAACCGAUCAUAGGUAUAAAACCUCAUAUCCCAUUGGAUUAAGUGCAAUAGAUGUCAGAUUGGUUGUCUCAAAGUUUAUAAACUUGACUGCGUGUAUGUAUAGGGUUCAGUAGCGAAUAUCAAUCGUCUCAGAGAUACACUGUGAAUGAAUGUGCAACAGUUAUCAUUUGGGUGGACAUCUACCGUUUUCCAAAAUAUACACCGUUAAUUUGUGGUUAACAGUUGUCCAACUGGUGGAUGUCAUCUGUCUUAGAUACACUAUUACUGUUUAACGGAUAUCUUAUUGGUGGAAAUCAGUUAGAUUCAAUUAUUCGAUCUGCCAAUCACACAAACAUCAAUUUACAUAGCUAUACAUGAUUAAAAAAUUUCUACAAUAUAAAAUAUAUUGGUGGGUAUUGAACUGUGUUCAAAUAAUUUGACCCUUGAACUACGCAUACUCUAAAUCGCCGUGACUGUAACUGGUUUUAAAAAUGUGCUAAAUAAAUGGAUGCUUAAACUAAAAGUGAUAUCAACACAGGUAGGCAUAUGUGAGCUAUAUGUAAAUUGAUAGUCCAUAGACAAAGCCAAUUUCUAAACAACAAACUGUUGAAUUCUUUUGUCUUGAAGUGUUGAUUUGAUGUUUAAAUGAAUGAUUAAACUAACCGUAAUAUCAGUACAGAUAUAUAAGUUACAGGUAAAAUAAGACAACGGACAUUUUGCCAAUUCAUUAGAUAAAGUCUAAAAACAAAACUAAUUUCUAAGCAAACAAAAAAACUGGAUCGUAUAGAGUGUUUGAUAUAGAUUGAUAUGUAUUGAUGUAAUGUGGACUACCUGGGUGAAACGUGUUUCAAUCACAUAAAAAAUGGAUACAACACAAGAAAAUAUGGAUUUAUUGUAUUACAACAUGAAUCACCUUAAGUACUGUAUAAGGGAGAAAUAAAUAAAUUGUGAGUAUUUCAUUAUGUGGAUUCGACGAUCGCCAACUUGUGAUUAAUUGGACAGAGAAAAACAGACAAUACAAGACAAUAGACACAACAGUAUUCUAUGGAUAAUACAAAUUGUGGAUUUGUGAAACUUAUUCUUAAAGCUAAUGCUUUUUUUAAAAAGAACACCUGAACUAUUUCAGGAUUAGUAAAGAUUAGAACAGAUUCGGGAUAAUACAAGAAAAUAAAUAAAAGCAACAGUUCUAUGGAUAAUAUAUAUUGUGAAUUUGUGAACUUAUUCUUCGAGCUGCUUCUUGUUUUGUUGCAAAUAUAACUGCUGGUUUAGGAUUAGCAAGGAUUAUUUUAUAGUGUUCGAUUUGAAAAACUAAUUCGUAUUUUUUUCAUUGAAAAAAAAAUAUAUAUAUUCUUAAAUACAUAAAUUUUUCCCCUGCCACUGGAUUUUGAAGAAAUGUGUUUUUUAACUAGUACUUUCGGUUAGAAACUGCUUAAUUUUGUCUGUGAGAAAUAUUUGUUUUUUAUUCAGAAAAAAAGAAAGAAAGUUUAAAUGGUGUUACUUCCCGAUUGAGACAGAUUAGUAUUCGAUUUGUGACCUGCGCAUUGCUGUGUGUAUGUUUAUGUGCAUCAAUAACAAAAUGUGCUAUUGUCGUUGGAAAGUUAUUCAUUUGUGAAAAUCGAGAAUUGUGUCUCCGUGGAACAGGAUUGGAUUAAUUUUUUAAAUAUUUCCAGGAGUAUAUGAACGUGUUGUAAUACGGCGAAACAUGAUGGUGAAAAUGUUGAACAAUUUACAGCAUGUUUUUGUGUUGAAGAUUUUACUGGUCCUGGUCAUUCAAACCAAUGGUUUUGGACCAAAGCAUGAUCGCAUUCCGACCCCAAAGAUAUUAGCGGGUGAAACUAAUAUAACAGUGAGAGAAGGUGGAACGGCUGUAUUACCGUGUUCAGUUCAAUAUCUAGGUACAAAACAGGUGGUAUGGCGACGGGUUGAAGAAGACGAGUAUCUGACGGUUGGUAAAACCACGUGGAAGGCUGAUGAAGCUUUGAGAAUCAAUCAUGAAUAUAAAGAUAAUGAAGUAACGUCGUGGGAUCUUAGAAUAGUCAAGGUGCGACCUGAUCAUGCUGGGGUCUAUGAAUGUCAGAUAACAUCAACAACUGAAUAUCUCAGACAUGUUGUUUUGAACGUUGUUGGGCCACCUAUACAGGAAGCAGGAAUAAUCGAGCGAUCUAGAAAUAGAUAUAGACAUAGACAUAAACAUGUUAUAUUUUCUGCAGCUGUCAAAGUAACGGGAAAAGAUUACGUGGAACUUGGACAUAGAAUACAUCUUCGAUGCAACGCCACCGGCGGUCCACACAUGCCAGAGGACAUCGACUGGUUUAAAAAUGGCGAUAAAAUAGACAGUGAUAAAUACCAACACAUAAUAAUGACUAAAUACCACAGUAUAAAACAUCGUGCAUUAAUCAGUGAACUGUAUAUAGAUAGAAGCUCUAUGUCAGAUACAGCAACCUAUAUCUGUAGAAGUUCUGAGGACGUCAUUGACAGUAAACACGUCACAGUCUUAUUAGCUGAAUCACCGAAUGUUAAAAGAGGAACUGGAUCGCUUCAUACACUCACCGAUUCAGCCUCGUUCUGUGGUUCUGGUAAACUCUUUCUAAUGUUUUUAGUGACGUUAUCUAUAUGGCUGCCGAUCACGUGACAUGGUAGAACACAAAUGUGGUGCAAUCGGCGUGCCUUAAUCCAUCUAGUCGACAUGCGCAUAACGUUAAUAUGCGCAGUGUGAGGUGACGUAAAGUGACGGAGUGAUACAACAGCUGAGCGAGUGUUAUAUGUGAUAAUACAUGUAUUUGUAUGAACUAUAAACUAAUUUGCAUGGAUAAAGCGGGUCUGUAUAAUCAAUCUAAAACACAAUGACAUAGACUAAGGACAACAAAAAUAGUCAGGCACCUGGUAGCCUGCUUAUAAAUGGCCGAUACACAGUGAAACCUUUAACCUAUGGCACCCUUUGACCCCUAGAUCUUCUAAAUAAUCAAAUAAGCGUUAUCCAGCAGUUGUUUUCAAAACGUGUCCCCGUCAAUAAUUUUUAAAUACUAAAAAACAACACAAACAUUAAGCGGAAGCAAUUUUUUUCGAGUGUAUAAAAAUACAACGUAAAUAUUCAACUUGAUGAGGAAAGCUAGUGUUAUUUGUGAAAUUACGUUUAUGCAAAACAACGGAAUUUAAAUUGGUUAGCUUACUGAAAGUGUUCUGAAAAAAAGGGAAGUUGUCACGAACAAUGUAGAUCAUUGCUGUCGUCGAUAGCAGAAUUUUGAAAAUGCAACGAAUGUGACAGGGAUGGGCUGUGCAAUUUUAUACUGAAUCUGAAAUAAUAACUCGUAGUAAUAUAUAGAUUUUGAUAACAUAAUUCAUUUAUAUUUAGUCUUUAAAAAAAAACAAUGAUUGCCACAGUGAAAAAAUUAGUAAACAGAAACGGAAACGGAAGUAGCUACUCCGUAAAACGAAAUACGCAUGACAUCAUCACCAGGGGCCUACUGACCGGUGUGUUUGUAACAGGUAACUCGGAAACAGAAUGAUGUCAUUCAAGAUGGAUGAUAAGAUCUUGUGGAAUAAUCCUUUUAAACUAAUCAAUGGACAAAUGGUCCGGUACUGUUCUUUCACAACUGUGGUGAUCGACUGACAAAUUUUCUCGUACUGUCAUCUUUAAAGAGGUCUGGUGUGCGGUUGACUCAUGUCGCCGUGCUGUCUUUAAACAGUUCUGUUGUACGAUUGACCAGUCUCCCGAUACUGUCUUUAAACAACUCUGGUGUUCGAUUGACAAAUGUUCCGAUACUCACUUUAAACAGUUCUGGCAGUUUCCAUUCAUCGGUUUCCUGGAGAGACAUGGGAUAAUAAUUAUAAAUAUCAAUGCUGUAUAUAUUAUAAAUGGCCUAUUGUUUUUUUGUUGUUUUUUGUGAAAUUGUUUGAUUAUUUUAGCGCCAUUAAUUGUGUUAUAUUAAUACUAUGUGUAGAUAUUAAAUUAAUAAGGUGGAACACAUCAUUAAACUAUACAAUCGCCAUUUUGGAACUCACUCACGGUUUAGUUUAAUUGCUGUUACAUGCAGGGGGAGAGUUCGCCAAGACAGCGGCGUUUUUAGCCUACCUAUUGUCGCAUUCCACUAGACUCGCGGUCAUUUUAUGUACAUACUUACUACCCAAGCUUCUAAAUUCCUUUCGCACGUCUAAGUUAAUAUCCCCGCCACCACCAGCAUUUCUAUAUAAAUGAUGUUGUGCACGUAACAACCAGAGUCUUUAAAAGACCGAAAUCGUCAAGGAAACAAAAGCCAUUUUGGAGGAGAACCAGACACUAGAAGAAGGAUUAUGAAAGAGAUUUGACUGCUUUCAUUCUACAUCCCUCAUUUUCAGCUAGUCUUAUUAAUGUAUUUCUUUUUAAGUAUACCGCUUCUGUGUAUUAAUCACAAAAUUGUCUCCGCAUAAUAGUGAAAUGAUGCUUAAUAGUGUGUGUGUUUUAUCAAUAAAUUCUAACUUAACUGACCUUCCAAUCAAGCGGUUCAGGGUAAGUUAUAUUGAGUUAAAGGGCAUGUGGCUCUAUUUUUUUUAACCUUGAAAUAUACAAAAAUGGUUCGAAAAGUACAUAAUGUAAUAUGUAUGCAAAGUGAUUUGUAUUCAAUUUUUGAAACAAAAUAUUGUAAUUUCUAAUCAGUUAUGUUCGGUGAAACACGUGAACAGUUCAAAUUGAACCGCAGUCGUGCACGCCUGUUUAGUGCAUUCUACACGUUUUUUAAAUUAUUAUUAUAUCGUUUGUGAAUCAGCCAUUACUAAUUACUUGCACAUUGUGUAGUAGAAUAUGUUUUUAUGUGUUCAUUGUAAAAUGACACCCGAAUCCAUAGGGUACACGACUCGUGUAAUGAUUAUACAAUUAAUGUUAAUUGUGUCUUAAAUAUUGGAUAAUUGAAUCCUAUAGUUUCACGGCAAGAUAACAGCAUCAAUAUUGAUUGAAAUUGACCAAUAUUCAAUUAUAAUUCGUGUUUUUUAAUUUCGAAUAUUAUCGAAGAUAUUGAGUUAGAAACUUAGCUCCUUUAAAAUGAUAAUCUUAAACAUCCAUUAUGCAAGAGUUAAAUCUGUCUAUUGCAGGUCUUUCUUUAGGCUUGAAAUGUUAUCUAAAUUACUAAUUAGACUUUAAUUAACUUAUCCAGACCAUAAUCAACUCUCGGUGACAUUGGUAGGCUGCGAUGUUUAUUGGAUUAGGUUCCGAUUUGCUGUUCGACUUCCAUUCAUAAUUAGAUAAUUGAGACUAUGUUUUUUUAUCCUAAUAAUGAUGAUCGAGGCUAGGCUGAAAAUUCAAUCGCUUAAAUCUCGGUUCAUAGUGGAUCAAUCUAAUCUCCCAUAAUGUAUCUUUAAUUGAAAAUAUCAUAUGUAAGGUUGAUCGUUUACACAGAAGCUGUCUCUUACUUAAUGGGACAGUUUUCUCCGCGACAAAAUUCAUUAUAAGACUUAAAAUCAACCAUCCCGAUGUAUAUUUUCAUAUGAAAGAAAUGGAGUCCGGCACAGUCAGCUAACUGAUUGCUGCUUUAAAACAACUUUUAAAGGAGAUUUCCUGAAGUUUAUUAUUCUUGAUUUUGGCUCAGUUGCUGAUUAGUUCGUAGGACAAAUCCUACAUAAAUUUAUCAGUAAGACAAAACCGUCAUGAAUUUAUCCGUAGGACAAAACCUACAUGACAUUAUCCGUAGUCCAAAAACAUCUGUAACCACAGGACAAAUUUUACCGAUCACAUGAAAGGAUCUGUCCUUUAGAUACGGGUAUAAAACCUCAAGAUAACCCCACUAGUGCCACUCACUAGCAUGAACCGCUUAACUGGACAGACAGUUUUUGAAUUAUUAUAAAGCUCAACAGCCAUGCAGAACAAAAUACUGAUGCUUUGAUUAAAAUAAGUUUUGUCGAUGUGUAUAUAUUUGAGAAUAAUUGUACAUAACUUGUUUAUAUUUAUAGUUUAAUUAGUCUGUAUUUAUGGAUACGUAAUUAGAAUAAAAUUACCCCUUCUUGUCGACACAUAAAAUGUAUUCACACAGCGGUCAUAAGACUUACGGGCUUGUAAAUCAAAUAUUUAUAUGGACAACUCUGAGGAUCAUAAUUGCACGGGGGGUUAUAUAAUGCUUGUAAACUGGGCUCCAGAUAUUCUUGUGUGGGACCUUUGGGGGAGGGGGUGCAACAUAAUGCAUAAUUUAUAGAAUCGUAACAUGCUUUAUAUUGACGCUGGAGACCGGGUACGCCCAACAACUUAAACAUGCUUUAUGCAAGAGCUAAAUCUGCCUAUUGCAGGUCUUUCUUUAGGCCUGAAAUGUUAUGUACAUUAUUAAUUGCACAUUUAUUAACAUGAAAAUACCAUAAUCAAAUCUCAAUGCCAUCGUAUGUGUCCGACGUCCGUUGAUGAUUAAACGCAAAAAUAGAUAAUCGUGACUUUGUUAAUUAUCGCGACAGCGGUAACAAUGACAAUCGAGGCUACAGUAAUUUUUAAAAUAAGGUUUUCUCGGCUUAAAGUGAAGCAAUUGGACAGAAAUUUUCAGCAUAUUCAAAUUAAAUUAUCUAGCUCUUUAUCUAAUCUUACAUAAUGUAUCUUUAAUGUAGCAUCAUUAUGCAUGUUUCGUAUGGUCAGUCUUUCGCGACCGGUUAUUGUCCUAUAAUUCGCGGGGGAUCACGUGGCUAAGUGGGUAAGACGCUGGCUCGCUAGCCUAGGGGUCGGGUGUUCGAUUCCUGCAUUGGCCGAGAAAGUUCAUUCAGAUUUUCCGGCGUGGUUUCCCCUUGUCAGUGAUGCACGAUGGAGGACCAGGCAAGGACAACUGUCUAGUCGUUCGGAUGGGACGAAAAUCCGAGGUCCCGUGUAUACACUGGCGUGCCCGGGCAAAAUUUCCCUUAUAGCACACUGUAUGGCGUAUGUCCGUCUUCAUUAGCCCAGGUUAGGAGCAGAAAAGUAGGACGUUAAACCCCAUUUCAUUUCAUUUCAUUUCCUAUAAUUCGUACGCCCAAAAUACAUGAACUUGCUGUAUGAUUGAUCGUAUUGGGUUAUGAAUACACAUCACAAUGCGGGUUGUAAUAAUACCGAGCUACUAUGUCACUGGAUUAUAUCUUCAACCAUUUUAUGUGUUGACAAGAGAAGUGCAUCACAAACCAGCUACUUCAAGUUCUAGUUUUUGUAAAUAAAGAAUUUGUUAUAAAAAUGGUUAGCUUUGUUCUAUUAUUUAACGGUCCAAUUAAAAUACUUUGCAUUAA